AUGCACGGCGGUGUGCCGGUCUAUGUGCCAUUACGUCCAAAAUUUGACGGGAAUAAAGUGAUCUCGUCCAACGAAUGGCGUCUCGAUAUCAAUGAACUACGUGCGAAAAUCACACCUAAAUCUAAAAUAAUUGUACUCAAUACUCCGCAUAAUCCUAUCGGAAAAGUGUUUUCAAAAGAGGAAUUGAUUGAAAUUGGACAAGUGGCAAUUGAUCAUAAUUUGCUGAUUAUAAGUGAUGAAGUGUAUGAUCGUUUAUAUUUUAGACCUGACACGCAUGAACGUAUUGCAAAUCUACCGGGGUUAUGGGAGCGAACAAUAACCGUUGGUAGUGCCGGGAAAACAUUUGGUGUGACUGGUUGGCGUGUUGGAUGGUUAAUUGGUCACCAUCAUUUAAUAGAAACAGCGCUUGCUGCUCACACAAGAAUUGUGUUCUGUACAAAUUCGCCACUUCAGGAAGCAGCAGCGAUUGGAUUCGAGAAAGCCGACGAACAUAACUUUUUCGACAACCAAAUAGCCAUUUAUGAAAGGAGACGCGAAAAAUUGAUCCAGCCAUUCGCCGACCUCGGACUUCCAUACACUAUUCCCCAAGGAAGCUACUUCCUUCUGGUAAAUAUAUCAAAAAUACGCGUCCCUGAAAACUACCAAUUCCCUGACAUUAUCCAAAAACGUCCAAAAGACUUCAAAGUGUGCUAUUGGAUGGCAAAAGAGAUCGGUGUAGUCGCUAUUCCGACCAGUGAAUUUUACUCUUCCGAAAAUCAUCAUCUUGGGGAAAAUUACGCGAGGUUCGCGUUUUGUAAAACGGAUGAGACGUUGGAUGAGGCGGCGAGGGCGUUGAUGAACUCUUUAUAG